AUUAUAUAUAUGAGCAGUAGAUGCUUGAAAUAUCAAAUAGCCUAGCCAAGAGUUUGCGGUUAAAAUAUAAUCCAAAUGAGCAAUCUUGUUGAUAUAGUUAGACCUGCAGCUGAAGAGGGUAAUAUAGACCUCCUCUACAGUGUACUUAAAAAUAACCCAUCAAUUUUAGCGGACAUAGAUUCAGAACAAUUAGUUGAAACUCCUUUGCAUAUCGCGGCAUCUAAGGGGCAUAUCCCUUUUGUCAUUGAGAUUAUGAAUUGGAAACCUUCAUUUGCUUUGAAACUAAAUCCAGAAGGAUUGAGCCCUAUCCACCUUGCGAUACAAAACAAGAGGAUGAUGUUGUGGUUUGUUGACAUGAAUAAGGAACUUGUUAGAGUCAAAGGGAAGGGAGGGUUGACUCCUCUUCAUCUUGCUAGUCAAAUUGGAGAUGUUGAUAUUUUAGCUGUGCUCAUCUGUGCUUGUCCGGAUUCCCUUCAAGACGUGACUGUGUGGGGUGAGACUGCUCUUCAUAUAGCUGCCAAAAAUAACAACUGUGAUGCUCUUAAUCUCCUUGUUUCCUUUCUUAGGAAAUAUACUGGCAAAAAUGCUCAGUGGUUAGAAAAUAAAAUAUUAAAUUGGAAGGAUGAGGAUGACAACACCAUUUUACACAUUUCAGUACAAAAUAACCAUCCAAAGAAAACGAUUUUGUUGUUGUUACUGGCUGCUGAAAUAUAUCGGAACGCAAAGAACUUGAACGACCAAACAACAUUAGACGUGGCAAUAAGUGUAGAAAUUAAAAAAUUAUUGUCUCGUUGGGGAGUAAAACCUGGCUCAGAAGUCAUCAAUCCUCGAACACAAACAGAAAAGAUUAGUUCACCGAUCACUGUUAUAGGUGUGUGCUCCAAGUACAUAAAUCGUUUUAGAAGUACUGUAUCGGAUGAGCAACGUAACAUUUUAUUGAUAAUUUUCACUCUUAUUGUAACGGCUACCUAUCAAACAGUACUGAGUCCCCCUGGUGGAUUACAUCAAUCUGAUGCUGCUAGUGACAACAAUGCAAACAUCAUUUCUUCCAAUUCUACUAUCUCUUCUACACUACCAAGUGCUGGGAAAUCGGUCAUGUCAAAAAGUGUGUUCUUUUGGUUUUCAUAUUUGAAUAUGAUUUCCUUUGCGAUAUCAAUGCUACUAAUACUUGUUAUGACCCCAGGAGGGAUGAUGGAUUCACCAUUGUUCAUGCUUCCAAUGAGUUGUUUUUCCAUUAGUUAUCUAUAUUCUAUGUGGAUGAUAUCCCCUACACAUUCCAAUACCGUAGGCGUUUUGAUCUUCAAUUUUACAGUUCUGUUUGUCAUGCUUGUUGUCAUCAUUAUUUCACAGUAUUAUAGACUUAAAUGGGUGUUGAAUAGGAGGAAGGUUAUUGUCACGAGAUAAAUAUGAUGGCACGGUAGUCACUCUUGACGUACAUCUGCAACUCAAACCAAUGUCAGACAGGUUCACAAACAACAAUAUACCUCAACGUGGAUUGGAUUUGCAAUUUUCUCCUUCUCAUUGUUUUCCUUAGCAAAUUAUAAGUCAUUGUAUUCAAAUAAUUUAAUCAUAUCUUGUAUUUUUAUUGAAUGUAAGUGCAUAAUUGUUGUUUGGAUGAAAAUUGAUUACUCAGCAGCAUGAUGUGUGAGUGUGAUGGUCUUUUGCAAAGAUUGAUUCUAU